GGUGUUGCUGAUCGAAAUUUGAUCGUUCGUCGUGCAGCCCGCGAUUGUUGCCGUUUCGUCUGUUUCUAUGUGCAUAUAUUUUACUAGAACACCGCAAAAAUUGUAGUCCGUUAACGGUGUUUUACUUAUUUACUCAAGAUUCGGCAAAACACUAAUCAUGAACUGUCUGACCUUUUCGUUGACUUUAGUCUCCUUGGUGGUGGGUAAGUAAACAUUUUUCGGUUUUCGCGGACACGCCCUGAUGAGAACCACUCCAAAAUAUUGAAAACAACUUUCUCGCCGUGCUUUUAUAUUUAUUUUGUGUCAACGUUCGUUUCACUUAUAUUUUGUUUUCAGGUUACGUCCAAAGCCACGAAUUGUACGUCCUAAAUUCUCCAGAGUUCGUUAAGAUUAAUCAAUCGACACCAAUACGUACCACCGAGUUGGCUGAAAUCAUUUCGUCUGUAUUGGGCUUCACUGUACCGCAUGGUGUAAGUGUGUGUUAGGUUUAUAAUAUUAAUUUAUUCACCGACAUUAUUUAACACUCUAGAUAAUUUUGUCACUGAAAGUGCAGUGUUUAGAGGAUGUCACAAUAUCAUUUGCCAUUUCUGUCAUGUAUUUCUAACUGGCAGUAUAGCAAACAUUUGUAUCUGGACUUCCAACUCUUAAAAAUAAUUACUUCAUCAAAUUUUCUAUGAUAUCACCGAAGAAUUUUUAAUAUCUAAUUUCAUACAAUCUAUUUCUAUUAGUAAAUUUGAAAAGACAAUCAUAAUUUUUAGUUUAACAUAAAGAAGUAUAGGUAAUUUAAACAUUAAAAAAUCCCUUUGUGAAACUGUAGUUGAUGGUGUAGUUUUCAAUUUGGUGAAAUCAUUUUUGAGUUUUGUUGGGAUUCGGAAAACAAAUUUUUGCCCUAUUCAUCAUUUGAAAGCCUGACAGCAAAUGCUUCUGUGACAUUAGUCAGUGGACAGUGUACUGAUAGUCAUGUGAAUCUAUUAAUUUAUUGUAAUUUGUUUUUUUGUAUUUUAUACCUAUUUAUUAUUGAAAAUUACUACUUAAUAGUAUAACUAUUUAUUUAUUUUUUUUUUAUGUAAAAAAUUAAUUUUAUUAUUUUAAAAUAUUAUGUUUGUUAGGUAAAAACUUAUAACACUUUAUUGGUGGCUGAUCCAUUUUCACUGCCUGAAGCCGUAGUUGUCCUUGAAAUUCCUGGACUAAAAAAUCCAGGAUUUGACUUGAAUAAAGUUGAACAUCAUAACUUAAUCUUGGAUGAAUCAUUGGCUGAAGUAUAUGCCACUGUAGAACAAACAAUGAAGGAGAGACUUGACAACAAGGAGUACAGCCUUAUUCAUGGUUCUUUAACCAAUGAAGAAUUUGUGAGAGAAAAAUUGUUAAAAAUAAUUGUAUAAUAUUUUUUAAUAAUCUAAUAAUAAUUUUUAGCUUAAAACUCAAGUAUUUCAUCCGAAUUUUAAGCUAAAUCCUAGUAUUAAACCACACCAUAUUGAUUCAUAUGACGAAAAGUAUAAAGUAUUUUUUAAUGAAAUUUAUAACUUACAUCAACUUGGACAAGGUGUAAGUAAAUUAAAUAAAAAUGAAACUGUUAGGUACACAAAAUGUUAACCUAACUAAUAUUUACACUUAACUUAACCAAAUUCCAGGUUAAAGAGAGUAUGCUCCAAAAUUAUGUGCCCGAUUUACAUUGGUUUCAAUUGCAAGGGGUAAAAGCAUUAGUUGCAGUUCAUGAUCCAAAUUCUAAAGAAGCAAUUGAUGGAAGCAAAGUUUUAAAUGAAGCUAUAUCUGCAUUAGUCCAAUCUUAUAAUGAAAUUUAUAAUAAUCAGGUAUUCAUGCAAUUGACUGUAUUAUUUAUUAUUUAAUUUUUAAUAAAUCAUAAUCAGUGUAAAAUAUUUUAAUUAACCAUUUCUAAGGUGUUUUUUAUUGCCAUUACUAAUGAUGGAGUUCAAACACCUAGAAGAAAACGUGAAGUUGACAGUGUAGAAGCGGUAAUUAAUUAUUUUAGAAUAAUAAUUUUAUAUUAUAAUAAAAUAAUGUUUAUCUACUUAUUUUAGAAAAUUAAUGUCGCUGAGCCUGUAUCCAGUGAUUAUCCAAUUAUAUUCAAUAUUUUAUUGUGGUUCACCGUCAUAUUUGUCUUUUCUCUUUUAGCCACAGCACGUAAGUACUACAUUAUUUUUAUUUUUUUAGUCUGCAAAUAAAUUAAAUUAUGAUAAAGAUUUACAAAUAAGGUAGAAUAUUUUUCUAUAUUUUGUUCUUUGGUAAACCAAACAAACACAAUUCACAAUUGAACAAGCUGAUAUUAUAAGUUUUAUUAAUAAUAUAGAUUCCCCAAAUAAAAUUUACUUGCUGCAAAAGAGGUAUGCAUUUUAGUUGUCUAAUUUUUUUCGCAAGCUUGAGUAUAAAGUUUUAAACAAUUUUCUGGAGUAAAGUUUUAAUAAUUUAAUUUUUUUAUUUUGCAUGUGUUUCACAAUUGAAUAAAUUAAAAUUGAAAUUCAAUUCAAGACUUAUAAUAUCUAUUUUUAAAUAAGUUAUACAAUUUACUUGUGGGCCAUAUAAAAUUGCUAUGCGUUUUAUCAACAUCUGGUUUAAUUUAUAAAUAAUUUAAAAUUAUAAUAUACUUACUAAAUAGUAUUUGUUUGUGUUUUGUUUUUAGUGAGCAUUAGUCAAAUGGAUCCAGGUCGUGACUCUAUCAUUUACCGAAUGACCAGUAAUCGAAUGAAGAAAGAAAAUUAAAUAUUUGUUAAAUUAAUUUUGGUGCACUGAUCACACAACAAAAAUAAAGUUAUAAUUUACUUUAGACCCAUUCCAAGUUGUACAUAAAGUGUUCGUGUAGAACGCUAAUAUUAUUAAUGUUAUUAUAGCUACUUUAUUUUAUUUAGCAUUUUUGAAAAAAAUGUUUGGUUUUUUUUUUUAGUGUUUCUUUGUUUUAAUUUUAUGAAUUAAAAGUUAUCAAUUUAUUUUAAAUCCUUAUGUUAACUAAUUAUAGUAUUUUUUUUUUAAUUGUACUAUUUGUUUAGUUUUCAAUAGGUUAAGUCCUUUUAUGAUAUUGUUGUCAUACAAAAAGUGACCAAAUUAUUUAAAAAGAU